CUUCCAAAAUCAUGAACUACUGGAACAGCGGUUCAUCAUUCUUGAUCAGAGUUCUUGAUUGUCAGAUGAAGCCGAAAGUUCUGAUAUCUGAAGAUAGCCAAUAAGAAAAAAGGCGAGGAAGCCGAAGGUAAAGAACUCAAUUUCAAUCAGAUCACCGAUGUUCACAAUACAACUACGCCUGAAUAAGGAUUGACUUGCUCCAACGAUAAACAUCAAGUCUACCAACGAGUUAUUCUAUCAUCUGUUGUCAGAACAAUUCAGUCAUCGUUCACCCCAGACAAAGGGCUUUUUCAAAGAACUAUCAUUUUGUGAAACUUAACGUUUUGUAUCCAGUCUAUUCAAAACCCACAUACACACUAAAAUGUCUAAAGAGUACGACCUGCCAUCUGAUUCUGAUGACGACGAUGAGGAUUACGUUCCUAAAGGAGUCGAUAGUGAGGCAGGAUCGGAGGUGGAAUCAGAAGGAGAGAUGGAAAGCAGCCCGGAAGAUGAAAAUGAUGAGAAUUUGAAAAACUCUGAGAGAGGCAGAGGAUUAGGACGAAAAAGGGGAUGUAAAAGAACUAGUAAAACGAAUAAACGACAAAAACUUGAGACGGUACGGGAUGAAAUCUCUAGGGAGGACAGCAAAGAGAUGGAAGAUAAAAAGCAUCUCACUGAAGAAGAGGAAAAAAAGAGGGCUGAUUCGCUGUGGGCUGAUUUCAUGAAGGAUACCUCUACAGUAUCAAGUCCAAAAUCUACGAAUUCUAUAAAUUCGACCCACAUUGUAAAAAAGAACUCUUCACCUGUGACAAAACCUGCUAGCACAGAAAAGGUAAAGAUUACAAAACUCUUUGAAUUUGCCGGAGAAGAAAUCAGAGUAGAGAAAGAGGUACCUGUGGAUUGUGCAGAGGCAAGAUUGAAUCUACCUUCGACAGAUUCAAGAUCUAAUGCUACUCCGUCAUCUAAAGGUGGUGGGAAUGAAAGAGGUUUCCGAAAAGGUGGUCUGGGCGGAAUUGCGUCAGUUCUAGGACAGCUUGGAAAAAAGACAAAAAUUAGUACUUUGGAAAAGUCGAAGCUUGAUUGGGAUUCAUAUAAGAGAGAAGAGAAUAUAGGGGAGGAAAUAAGUACCCACAAUAAAGGAAAGGACGGAUACUUGGAGAAACAAGAUUUUCUGCAAAGAGCGGAUCUCCGACAAUUUGAAAUUGAGAAGCAAUUGCGGAGUACCAGACGCAGUACGCGAUGAAUUUUGACUAAAUUUUCAGACCGUGCGUCGAAUUUCCUCUUCUUAUUGCAAGCCAGCUUUAGGAUAAAGUUAAAGAUAAAGGUUUUGAAGAAUACCUUCAUGAAUGUACAUGCUGAAUAUAAAUGAAAUCGAUUAAUAGUUAGCAUAGUUAUGAUCAUACUCCGUUUGUUACGGAAAAAGUGUCGUACAUGUCUGAGGAUCCGAUUAAACAAAAUGAACAUCACCUAA